UUCUGUUUAAGAUAAACAAUCUUCAUCUUUGUUAAAUCUUAAAUUAGGGUUUGCGUACUUCUUCUAUAUCUGCGGCCAUGGAGACAGAAACUAGUAUCACAGCCGAAGUCGCCACGUUGGUGUCUAACCUAGCUCGAAACAUGGAGUCUACGAACACGGUCUUGUUCCAUGUACACGAACUGAUCCUCGAAGACGAAAGUGGAGUGGCAAUACACGUAGGAUCAUAUCGCGUCUGCUAUAAGCCACUUCACGGCUUCAGCGCAAGUAGUAUCUCUCAAUUCCUUCACGAACAAAUGGUGUCUCAUUGUCCACUAUUAGGUGAAACAAUCAACGAUGAAAUCAAUCAUUCGCUUGCUACUGAUGUUUCUCUUCGAGAACCUGUUUUUGUAACAGUCCAUAUCAGUUUCAUCCAAGACAUGCGACGGAUGGAUCUGAAAGAACCGUCAACAUUAGUUAUCAGGAGAUUAUUGAAAGCACAGAGACUCAAACCGACGGAUCUGAAAGAAAAAAGUGAUAUUCAGUGUUCGAUUUGUAUUGAGGAUUUUGUGGACAGUACCAAAAACAUCAUCCGGAUGCCUCAGUGCAAACAUAUGUUCCAUCAAGAUUGUCUCUUCAUGUGGCUUAGUCGGCAAAACUCGUGUCCCUUGUGUCGGAGUACUGUUCCUAUGGAAGAUCAAGAAGCAGAGCAUCAAAGAAUGAACUAGAAGUUCAGGGUUUUGAAUAUUUCAAGCUUGACAUUGACCUAGUAUGAGUUUCAAAGAAAAAUCUUUUUACUUGCAAUUAUUCAUC